AUGUCAUCAACUCCUACACACCAAAAACAGGAGGCAGAGCAUAUCUCAGACUACUCAUCUGAUGCGGAACUGCAUUCCGGGGAUGACAUCUUCAAUGAAAAACCAGAAUUGACUCUUCCUGUCAUCAAACAUUAUUUCGCUACGAGACUUACAACCAUGUUUGACUUGCCCAUUUAUCACCUGGACCAAAGAUGGUAUGAACUUAUAAACCCUAUUCCGGGUUUAAGGGAAAUGACAUUGAGAGAUUGGAACUACUACGGAUUGGGAUGGUUUGGUUGGGUUUUGGAUGCCAUGGAUUUUUUCUGUGUCUCAGUCGCUUUGCCGGAAAUUGCCAUCACUUUGAAUUCAACAGUUGCUGAAGUCUCUUGGGGUGUGACUUUGGUGUUGAUGCUUAGAGCUAUUGGUGCUAUUAUUUUUGGAUUGGCCUCUGACAAGUUUGGUAGAAAGAAAUGUUACAUUAUCAUUUGUAUAUUGUUUAUCUUUGUGGAAGUUGGUACAGGCUUUGUUCAAACUUAUGAGCAGUUUCUUGGAGUUCGUGCAAUCUUUGGUAUCUUAAUGGGAAGUAUGUUACCUGUUUGUAUGGUGACUGCCAUGGAAAGCCAACCAUUACGUGCAAGAAGUAUUUUAUCAGGAUUGUUCCCACCAGCUUAUUGUAUUGGCUAUAUCAUGGCGAUGGUGUGGUAUAAAGUUUUUGCGCCGACUUACAAAGAAGGCGAAGGGUGGAGAAGUUUGUUUUGGUUUAGUGGUGGGUUGAGUGUCAUUUUGAUUAUUUGGAGGUGGUUUGUUCCAGAAUCAUAUGAGUUCUUGGAAAUGCAAGAGAAGAAGAGAAAGUUUAAGGAGAAGAACAAGAACACUGGUCUUCACAAGUACUUUAACACAACUAUUUUUCAUACAUUAAAGACUGAGUGGUUGUUGCUCACCUACCUUUGUAUUGCUUAUGGUGGCUGGAAUUUCAUGAGUCAUGGAACCCAAGAUUUAUAUGUUACCAUGUUAUCAAACCAAUUCGGGGUUGAUAUUAACAAGAGAACUAUGAUAGUCUCAUUGUCCAAUGUUGGUGGGCUUAUUGGGGGCGCGUGUAUUGGAAACGUGUCAGAGAUUUUCGGAAGACGAUUAUCAGCGAUUAUUGCGACCAUCUGUUGUGGUGCCCUAGUUUAUCCAUCUUUUUACAAUGCUGACAAGAAUUGGGGCGCCUAUAUUGCUUUGAUCGCUUCUGUGGUCGCAUCUUGGGGUGUGUCAUCAGCUUACGCCUUGGAGUUGGUAAACAAAGCACACAGAACAUUGUUGAUUGGAUUGGCAUACCAAAUCGGUAACUUGAUCAGUGCUGGUAGUGCUACUAUUCAAGCCCAGCUUGGUGAGAAAUACCCCAUUCCUGGUGCUGCUCCUGGUGUUUUCGAUUAUGGAAAAGUGAUGUGCAUUUUUUGCGGCGCUGUUUUCGCUUUCAUGGUUGUUAUUUUGUCAUUAGGGCCAGAGAAGUUUCAUAGAAAUUUGAGGAUGGUUCCAGCGGACCUCGGUGCAGUACCGGAGCUUGAAGAGGGUUUGGAUUUGGACAAACCUGACAAUGAGAAGAGAAAAUAA